AAGCGUGUAAAGAUUAUUAUCGUAGAUUUUAAGAGAUAAACACGGGAGUUGUCGAUUCGGCAUCAUUUUCUCUGUCAAUUUUUUUUUUAUGUAGGUUUGUUCCGAACGUGUAAAAUAAUGAUUUACAUAGUGUUAUACAAAUAAAUGAAAGGUGAUUUAAUGAUAUAUAUAUAGAGAGAGAUAUACAAUAUAUAUACAUAUAUAAACGAUACAUUUUGUCUGCCCGGCUGUCUACUGCUGUGUCAUUACAUAUGUAUAUGUAUAUAUGCGUUUGUUGACCUUUUAUCGAAUACCGUUGUUCCAUUCUGUUGUCUGACGAAGUACCGUCGAGAUUGCCGCGCCUCUUUGGUUGCAUACUUAUAAGAUACUUAUAUGCAAAGCAUAUUAUUUUUUUAACUACGUUUAUUAGCAAGGAGUGCACGUCAAUAUAUGGGAACGAGGUCAGUGAGAGUCACGGAACUGAUUUUAGUUUUUGCAAUGCAAAAAUCAAUUUUUUUAGAUUUCACUUUUCUUUUCCUCACAAGUAAAAAAUGUGUCGAUAAUAAUCUGAUUUAUAUCAUUUUUUAGUCAACAUUAUAAAUAUUUCGUUAUGGAAAAUGAUUUCUUUUGUUUUUUUUUUCUUUUUUUUUUUGUAUUUAUAAUUCAAAUCCUGCGUUAGCACUAGAUGGCGCUUGUCAUGCUAAUACUAGAUGGCGCUUGUCGCGUUAGUACUAGAGGGCACUAGUAACAUUCAAGUUAUCACGCUUAUCAAACAGUGCGUAUUAUUCGUGAUUGAAGUUGUUGAAUAAAUUAGGUUAUAGAAAAUUUCUUUUCUACGAGAGAAUUUUAUAAAAUUUAUUAACGAUGUCAGAUAUUCGUGCAUAUGAUGACAGAUGUAAAAAGCGAAAAAAGAAACGUUCUAAUAUGCAAAUGGCGAAAAAGUUUGCUCGUCGAAGAAAUCACGGAACGGAUCUUGAUACGGAAACGUAUCAGUAUAUGGUUCGUAUUUUGGAGUUAAUGCGUGAAGAUUUUCCGAGCGUUGAAGAAAAAUUAAUGUUCAUUAAUAACGUAUAUGAACAAUCUGUUGGUCACGAAAUUGAAUAUUCAAAAAAUCAAGUUGGUUCAAGAGUCUUGGAAUCACUUUUGAAAUAUGCGAGCCUAGAAGCAAUUCAGAGGUUUACGGAUGCUCUCAGUUCUUCAAUGAGACCAAUAAGUAGUGACAGAUUUGCUAGUCAUGUUUUGGAGAAAAUAAUUGUUGUCUGUGCGGACAGAGGAAACAAAUCCAAAAAUAUAUUGGAAACAUCAAAAUCAAAAGAAACUGAAAAUGUACAGGAUAUCGUUAUAGAUGUAAAAGAAUCCGAAGUGAAAUCAUACAAUGAUAUAGUUAUAAAAUUGAGUAAAUAUUUGAUAAAUAAUUUAGAAGAAUUUGUUUGGGAUACGUAUGCUAAUCAUCUCUUAAGAACUGUAGUAGAAUGUCUUGGUGGAUUAAUAGAUACAAGUGAUGGACAGAAUAGAACGAAACAAAUGUUACAUAGUAUAGAAAGACGAGAGAUUAUACAAGAAUAUAAAGAUUUUUUAAUCGAGGCAUGUAACAGAUUAUAUAAUUGGCCACAGUUUCUUGAGUUUGGCAGAGAUGAAUUAACCUCAGGAUUGUUACAAAGUAUUUUAUAUUCCUUAAAAGAUAUAGAUAAGAAGUUAACAAAAUCUUUCAUCAAGAAGAUCACAAAGGAAUGUUUUAGUUCUGAAGAUGAUGGAAAAUUAUCGAAUAUUUUUGAUUGUGAAAGUUCUAUAAGGCUUUUAGAAGCUUGUCUUGCGAUAGCGAAAUCCAAAUCCUUCGACCAUAUUUAUGAAGAGUAUUUUAAGGGCAACUUAAAAAGUUUGUGUAUAACACAGGGUACUAUCUUUAGUGUACAAAAAUUAUUAGAUCAUUGUGAAUCUAAAGAAACUUUUGAAAAAAUAUUUGAAGAAAUUGAAGUUCUUUUCUCAGAUAUCUUACAAGCAGGCUAUACAGGAGUUUUAGUAAGUGUAGCUAAUGCAUCGAAGAGAUUGCAAACAAAACAGGGUGCAUAUGUAACUAUGAUUAUUAAGAUGCUUGGGUGUGAUACGUCAGAAGAAAAACAAUAUCAAAUUAUAAAAUGUAUUUCUACAUUGAAGAAACAAAGUGAAUUGGAAUCUUUGAAGGAAGAAGAUCAAACUGUAUUGUCUAUCCAUUUGCAUGGAAGUUUGAUCGUACAAGCUGUGCUUAACUUCAAUAAACCUAUAAAAAUUGUUAAUUCCUUAUUGGCUCUGAACAAUGAGCAAUUAUUAAAUUUGAUAAGUAAUCCAAAAGGUAGUCGUAUUGUAGAUGCUUUUAUGGAUAGUAAAUAUAUUGGUGAAAAAAGCAGAGAAAAACUUGCUAAGAAAUUACAAGGGUGCUGGACCCAAUUAGCUCAAAGCACUCAUGGAUCUAGAUGUUUAGACAAAAUAUGGAUUUGGUCGCAUCAAAAGCAAAGAAUGUUUAUCAUGGAAGAAUUAGCAGCUGCAGGAGAAAUUUUACGUGCCAGUAAAUCAGGAAAAAUUAUAUCGAAUAAAUUGAAUGUACCUUUAUUUGUCAGAAAUAAAAAGGAUUGGACUGAAUCGCAAGGAAAAGAGGAAAAAAUGAAGGCUCUUUUCGCUGAUAUAAUAAAAAAGCCUAUUACGCAAAACUAGUAUUCCAAAAUAAAAUUUUGAUAAAAAAAAAAAUGUAAAUGAUUCAUUUUUGUCAUAUAUUAUGUAUAUUAUAUAUGUUUGUAUAUACAAUAUACAUACACACAUACGUAUUAAAGAAACGUUUAAUUAGACAAAUUAA